AGUCCCUUAAGCUAGUCGACUGAUAGUUGGCACGAACCUCGUUGGAAAGAUAAUAGCUCUUGAGCCUUUCACCUCUGCGCUGUCUUGCUACAUCUAGUCUCUAACAUUCUUCCACCUCUCUCUCCGCCAAGGAUUUACCAAGAAUCUACUGUCCCCGGUAUUUUCCAAGGAAGAGAGUACCCAGCAGCAUUACAGAGAACUUUGAGGUGGUGUUCACCGUACCACACGAUCUCAUCCUUGGUCUCGCAACACGCCAAGGCACGGGUGGACAUGCCUCAAGAUGUGAGAUACACUGCAGAAGAGGUUGACAGAUUCUGGGCCACAGUCGGGAGCGAAGUUCGAAGCUUCAUCAAGGAAAAGGCCGUGUGUUGUCAGUCAACCUCGAUCGAUGCGCUCUGGGAACGGUCUCGCGAGAAAGCUCUGCGCACUGCUCGAAAACCUUUCGAUAACAGAGGGAAAGAAGACGAAGUAUCAGCUCUUACGGCUCAGAAUCUCGACGAGCUCGACAAACUCAUUGCGAAGAAAAUUGCGACCACCUCCGUACUGGAAGAAGCUCAUAGCACUGACCAACGAACCAGCAAGCGUGCAGGGAGGGCGCUUUGCGACUUCUUCGUAGGGUUUCAAGGUUACUGUCAAGCUUAUUCAGGUGUGGUCCAGCUCAUGGGUGGCCUCGACCAGAGCUUUGUGACGGGCGCUCUCCAAGUGUUGGGGCUUUUCAUGGUGGUCGCUGUGAACAAAAGCGAAACAGAAAUAAGAAUUCACAGCAUGAUCAAAACAUUGACCUCUGAAUACGCAAGAAUCCGGAAGAUUGUUGGCAUCUACAGUAAUAGCAGUACAUUGAGGGAACGCGUUGCAACUGUAUAUCAACUCGGCAUAGAGUGCCUACGAGAAGCAACUGUUUAUUACUCUUACGGGUCAUGGAGACGGCUUUGGCACGUGGUAUCCAGCCCGCCAGAGAUUGACCUCGAUGCCAAGAUAUCAGACCUGCGAAGCGCUAUUAACGAACUCAACGAGGAGCGUGAUGUUGAGGCACAUUCUAGGUUAAACAGAGUGGAGGAAAAGGUUGAUGUCAGCUUUGAGCAAAGCAACCUUGAAAGAUUAGAUGCCAGGCUUGAGAAAAUUCGUUCACUCCUGGGUCUCUCUCCCGUCAAUGCUUCCACUCAGCUAAGAGACCUCGCCUCCUCACUGGAAAUUGACUUCUCGCACCUAAGAAGAAUACCCCCUUUUCGAGCGGAAGAUCUGACGUCCAAUACUUCAUUCAAGGAUUGGUUGGACGCAGCUUUAGUCGAAUCAUCGACGUUUCUCCUCAUUCAAGGGCGAACAGUUGCUCCCCAUGACUCCAAUCUUGCAUGGGUAUCUCAGGCCACUGUAGAGGCUGUGCGUCGUUUGAAAGAAAGGAAGGCCAUCUCCGCGUGCUACCUUUGCAAACAAGAGGGUAUACACGAAUCGAAUUAUGGAGAUAUUCAUCCGGUUCCGACUGCUGCUGUGGUGCUUGCUUCUCUCGGCUAUCAACUCCUGGAAAAGUUGUCUCAAGGCCGCACAGUAAUACUGGCAGGAUCAAGUUCCCCGAAUUCUGAGUCUCAAAUGCGAGACCUGUUAGACAAAGCACAAAGUUUUCGGUCGAUGAUUGAGGCCCGUAAGGCUAGAAAGAAACAUGUGUCUACGAAGGAUUGUUCAAAUGUUGCGAUGGGCUUCCUUCGCGCGUCUAUUGCCUUGAUUGCGCAAAACUUACUUUUCUUCCUCCCUGAUUCUAGACGGGUGGUGUUCUACCUCAUCGUAGAUCGAAUUGACAGUCUAGCGCAGCAUGAUACUCUACUCUUAGAGCCUUUGAUGGACUUAACACAGAGGCCAGAGGCUGGGACAGCUGUGAAGGUGCUGGUGGUUGGGGAACGUAGGCUUGGAAGGGAUUCCGAGAUUUCCGAGUUCGUCGCAAAUCAUCAACACACAUUUGCGUGGGGAGCAAUCGAGCUCGACCAAGGAAGUUGAUGUGUUAGGCAUUCAAGGGGUCUGUAAGAAGUAGAAUGAAAACAACAUGAAGUACUUAGUAGACCGUACGCGGCAUUGAAGCAAAGUGGGACUGUGGCAAAGGCCGAACGAAGAGGGACGACGCACGUAUGCUCAGCCUUUUCUCGGUUCAAUGGAACGUCGU